CACAACUUUUAGCACUCAGUGACUAUUUAACAUUGGCUGUCGUGUGUUACAUCGAGUCACAUCGUGGUCGUCGUGUUUGGUCGUGUUCGAAAGUACAUGGUACGGGUAACCUCGCUCUUAUUUUGCCGUACGCGAAGAAAGAAACGCACGCAAUGACGGGGAUAGUGGUAGCCACCGACGAGGAGCAGUUACUCUCCAGGAUUUCUAACCUCAUCGCCCGCGCCGCCGACGAUGCGAUCUCACGCGAUGAUCGAAUCUUUCGUUUCGGCGUAUCAGGCGGUUCGGUAGUACAAUUGCUGGUCAAGUCUCUGCCUAACAUUGCAACUGACUGGAGCAAAUGGCGCUUUUUUUUUUGCGAUGAACGAGUGGUGCCUUUGGAUGAUUCUGAGUCAAAUUUUGGCCUUUACAAAAGUUGUUUAAUCGGAAAAGUGCCCGUCACCGAGGAGCAAUUCAUGAAGGUCGACCCAGAACUCAAUGCCGAGAACGCGGCGAAGGAUUACAUUAAAAAAAUGGCCUUCUUCUUCCCGCCGGAUAGAUUACCGAGAUUCGAUUGUCUGCUGUUGGGUGUUGGCCAGGAUGGGCAUACAUGCUCACUUUUUCCGGGUCAUCGAGCCCUCGAUGAUGAGAACAUGUGGGUCACAUGGGAACUGAACGCGCCAAAACCACCACCCAGUAGAAUUAGCCUCACUAUGCCGGUCAUUAAUAAUGCUCGCAUGUGUGUGUUUAUUGUCACUGGCGCUAGCAAGGCUGAGAUCGUCAAAAGAAUCUUGAGAGAUAAGGAAGAUUUACCAGCUACCAGAGUGGAACCAGUUGAUGGUACUCUUUUUUGGCUGCUCGAUCAAGAAGCAGGCAGGCUACUCAACUCAGACUGAAAAAUGUGAGAUAUAUGCAGAAAAAAAUUAUAUAAAUAGACAUACCUACUGUUCGUAAUCUUUUUGUGAUAUAUGUGUAAUAAAACUAAGAAAUAUGUUUUUUAAGUAAAG